ACUUAAGGGGGAGGAGGAGGCGCUGAGGCAGAGAAAAAAUUGUACUGUGAGGACCUUGACAGCUUCACCGGCGGGAUUUUUCUUUGGUCUUCCUAUAUUUUCAGGAAUAUAUAUUUUUGUCUCUGACAAACUGACUAUAUUAAACCCACCCCUUCUCGCACUGCAAAAAAGCAUUUGACUGUUCUAGACAUACAAGCAAGCUAUCAGGGCAUCCUCGCAGAGGCCAGGGAGAGGGGCGCAGGUGCACCAGGAAGGCUGGCAGUGGAUACGCUUCUUCGCGACUUAAGGCUCUUUCUCUCUGCGCGCUCCAGGCACUGUAGUCAGCUGCGCGGACGGGAGCGCCGACACCUUCCCGACUACAGCUCUGUUCUGGCAGGAGCGCGUCCCAGUGAGGUGUAUCCGCCCCCCACCCUCGAGCUUUGGAGCGCAUAGAUAUCCCUCGCGCAUCUCCAUCCUCAGAGUCGUCUCUCCUCUCCAUAACCGUGGGGCUCCCGCUCGAGGAUCGAAGACUCUAAGCCCUUGGCGUCCCACUCCUGCCUCUUCUUUUGGCCAGUGGUCUCCCCACGUCCAGGUCCGGUGGACCUUACCACGACUGAACCGCGCGGCUUUGCCACCCGCGCUCGGGUCCUCGCCUGGGAGGGCGCGCAGCCGGCGUCGCCUGGUCUGGCUCUCUGAGCGCAGAAGGCGCAUCCCUCUCCUUCCUGCGCCCCUGGACUUCGGUGGCUUCCGCUACCGUGCUAGCCAGUCUACUGCGUGAGCUGCCACCCCUUUGCCCUCUUAAAGCAUGUCAGGCUCGGGGCGAAAAGACUUUGAUGUGAAGCACAUUCUGCGACUCCGCUGGAAACUCUUCAGCCACCCGUCGCCGUCCACCGGCGGCCCGGCGGGGGGCAGCUGCCUGCAACAGGACGGCAGCGGCAGCUUCGAACACUGGGGACCCAGCCAGAGCCGCCUGCUCAAAAACCAAGAGAAGGGCAGUGGGAGCGCUUUCUGGAAGAAGCCUUCCUCUCCUUUCUCCUCUUCUUCGUCGUCCUCCCCCUCGUCUUCCUCUUCUUCCUUCAGUCCCCUGAAUGGCACCCUGCUUCCAGUUGCUACAAGGCUGCAGCAAGGGGCUCCGGGACAGGGCACCCAGCAACCAGCCAGGACUCUCUUCUACGUGGAGUCCCUAGAGGAGGAAGUGGUGUCAGGCAUGGACUUUCCGGGACCACAGGAGAAAGGGCUGGCCCUGCAGGAGCUCAAAGUGGAACCCGCCAACUCGAGCCAGGCAACAGGUGAAGGAUGUGGACAAAGGCUGUCAGCAACCAGCAAUUCCAUGACACCUCAAAGUGACUUGGACUCCAGUAGCUCUGAGGAAUUCUAUCAAGCCAUUCACCAUGCUGAGCAAACCUUCAGAAAGAUGGAAAGUUACUUGAAGCAACAGCAGCUCUGUGAUGUUAUCCUGAUUGUUGGGAACCGAAAGAUACCUGCACAUAGGCUCGUUCUGAGUUCAGUCUCUGACUAUUUUGCUGCCAUGUUUACAAGUGAUGUUUGUGAAGCCAAACAAGAUGAGAUCAAGAUGGAAGGCAUUGACCCCAACGCCCUCUGGGACCUUGUCCAGUUUGCAUAUACAGGCUGCUUGGAAUUAAAGGAAGACACCAUUGAGAACCUUCUCGCUGCAGCGUGCCUUCUGCAGCUUCCCCAGGUGGUAGAAGUGUGCUGCCACUUCCUCAUGAAGCUUCUACAUCCAUCUAACUGUUUAGGAAUCCGCGCAUUCGCAGACGCUCAAGGAUGCAUUGAACUAAUGAAGGUGGCCCACAGCUACACAAUGGAAAACAUAAUGGAAGUUAUCAGAAAUCAAGAAUUUUUACUCCUUCCAGCUGAGGAGCUCCAUAAACUUCUGGCCAGUGAUGAUGUCAAUGUUCCUGAUGAAGAAACCAUUUUUCAUGCACUGAUGAUGUGGGUGAAGUAUGACAUGCAGAGAAGAUGCAGCGACCUGAGCAUGCUUCUUGCCUUUAUAAGAUUGCCACUGCUCCCGCCACAGAUAUUAGCUGACCUAGAAAACCAUGCAUUAUUUAAGAAUGAUCUGGAAUGUCAAAAGCUGAUUUUGGAAGCAAUGAAAUAUCAUCUAUUGCCAGAAAGAAGAACUUUAAUGCAAAGUCCAAGAACUAAGCCCAGAAAAUCUACAGUUGGAACUCUGUAUGCUGUAGGAGGAAUGGAUAACAACAAAGGAGCUACAACCAUAGAGAAAUAUGACCUCAGAACAAAUCUGUGGAUCCAGGCAGGGAUGAUGAAUGGCCGGAGGUUGCAGUUUGGUGUGGCUGUUAUUGAUGACAAACUCUUCGUAAUUGGAGGUCGAGAUGGCUUAAAGACAUUAAACACUGUUGAAUGUUACAAUCCCAAAACCAAGACUUGGACUGUCUUACCGCCAAUGUCAACACAUAGACAUGGUCUAGGUGUAACAGUGCUUGAAGGCCCUAUUUAUGCUGUGGGAGGCCAUGACGGCUGGAGCUAUCUGAACACAGUGGAGAGGUGGGACCCCCAGAGUCAGCAGUGGACAUUUGUAGCCAGUAUGUCCAUUGCUCGGAGCACAGUGGGUGUAGCAGCAUUGAAUGGCAAGUUGUAUUCAGUUGGAGGUCGUGAUGGAAGUUCUUGUUUGAGUUCAAUGGAAUAUUAUGACCCUCAUACAAAUAAGUGGAAUAUGUGUGCUCCUAUGUGUAAGAGAAGAGGGGGUGUUGGAGUGGCCACAUGUGAUGGUUUUCUUUAUGCUGUCGGAGGUCAUGAUGCUCCUGCGUCAAAUCAUUGUUCCCGGCUGCUAGACUAUGUAGAAAGAUAUGACCCCAAAACAGACACGUGGACCAUGGUGGCUCCUUUGAGUAUGCCCAGAGAUGCGGUUGGGGUCUGUCUCCUUGGUGACAGAUUGUAUGCUGUUGGUGGCUAUGAUGGGCAGACAUACCUCAACACUAUGGAAUCCUAUGACCCACAAACUAAUGAGUGGACACAGAUGGCAUCCUUGAAUAUUGGGAGGGCAGGUGCCUGUGUGGUAGUCAUCAAGCAACCCUGACUUAUUUUUAUUUUAUUUGGAGGGAUUUUAUUUGCUGGAGUCAUUAUUUUUAUAUUGUAUGGCAAGGACGAGAAUGUCUUGAGAUGAAAACUUGUCAAGAACAAGGAUUCCCGUAGACUUACCUACUAACGUCAAAAAAGGCAGAAGAUCAACAGAAUUACGGAAAACAAGAAAACGUGGAACUUAUACUGGAACAAUACCUGGCCAAGUUUCAGUUCAGGAAUGGUUAUUGGUAAUUUGUUUUGUAUUAUACUAUACAAUAACUAGAGUUACCAAAGACUUGCUUUUCUUGAACAGUUGAAAAGGGAGACCAAUAUUUGUGCCAUGGAUAAAUUCAUGAUUGCAACUCAUUCAAUUGUUUUGUAAUCUUUGGCAAAGGCAUUGCCCAGAGGAGAACACGGGAUAUUUUAUCGGACAGAAUCUGAUUGGUUUAGUGUUUUUGUAAUCAAACGUGGUCACACCAUAAAGCAGAAUGAUGUUUUAUUAAAACAAACCUGUUCCUUUCUCAUUUUCCUAAGCUAUGAGAACAGUCAGAGAAACAGAUUUGUGCUUGUUUAUUGCAUUCAGAAAACAAACUGUCCUGCUAAUCAAAGCUGCCUAUCUCAUCAGAGAUGAUGACUGAAUUUUAUUGCAACCAUGUUAGCAAUCUGAAACUAGCAAACGCAAAGGAUUGUUUUCAUUAGGCUUGCCACUCUGCUUUGCUUCUGCAACACACUGAGCCAAAGAUUCAGUACAAUUUGGGCCUUUGCCUUGUGUUGAGUUCAGUGUAAGCAUGGAAGCCUGUUAUUCUGAAUGUUUUAUAUAUGUAUAUCUAUCCACUGCAUGUUGAAGUCCUUUAGAAUUUUGUCUUUAAAAAAACCUUAGAACUUCGGAAAGGUUAUGAUACACUAAGUUUGAGUGUUUAUGAUUAUUGCCGGAAGGAAAGCAGACUGAAGAAUCCCACUCCCCACCUUCCAAUUUGUUACAUUGAUACGUGUAUUCUUUUAAGGUAAAUUGUUUGUAAUUGUUUAAAUCAUAAAGUGGAAACAUUAUACAAUACCCUUAAUAAAUUAUCUAAAUUCUAAAUCCCAUCAAUAAAUGAUGAAAAAUUUU